AUGUUUAUAAAUAGCAAAAACUACACGGAUUUCCUUGCGGAAAUUCGCACCAUUGGUGGCGAAUUUACCUGGAUUAGAAAAAACAAUUUAGGAAAAAUACAAAAUGCUGGUCGUUCACCUAAGGAAAUUGCAACUGCAAUAUUUGAUUCUGAAAGAAUUAAGGUUAUUACCGAUGAGGCUAGUAGAAGAGAUGUUAAGGAUGAUGUUGUUUACUCUGAAGCAAAACAAAUUCUUUCCAACAUGGCCAGUGACUUUCAUUUACAUUCUGCUGUACAAACAAUUGGUUAUUCACUAGCCAAGAUAUUUGGACGUAUAUUCUCUCAUAUUUGGUAUAAUUCUGAAGCUUUGGAAAAAAUUAGAAAAAUUUCCUAUGAUAGAUCAGUCAGUAUUGUUUGGCUACCUACACACAAAAGCUAUUUAGAUUUUCUUUUGAUCUCUCUUCUGUGUUAUCAUCAUCAAAUCCAGUUACCAGCGAUCUGUGCAGCUGAAGAUUUUCAAUCUUCUAAAUUACUUGGAGAGGCUCUACGACGUUGUGGGGCAUUUUUUAUUAAGAGAAAAUUUAAGGAGGAUCCUAUUUAUUGGGCUAUAUUUGCCGAAUAUAUUCAACAACAUAUAUUUCAUUCUGAUAGACCAGUUGAAUUUUUUAUUGAGCUACUUGUUCCAAUUACAAUAAAUUAUGAUCGUAUUCUUGAAGAAUCCCUCUUCUCAUAUGAACUGCUUGGGCAACCAAAACCAAAGGAGAGUGCUUCCGGUCUAUUAAAAGCAAGACAAAUAUUGUCUGAUUCGUUUGGCAGCAUUUUUAUUACUAUUGGCCAUCCAAUAUCCCUUAGAGAAUAUUUUCUUAGUGGAAAUAUUAAUUUGGAAUUUCGUGGUGAAUUAAUGAAGGACAAAGAUAACUCAUUUUACGACAAUAAAUUAAGAGAAUUAACUGAAAGUUUGGCUCUUAAAAUUGUAUCAGCUCAAAAUAGCAAUAAUGUGUUAACUAUUUGGCCAUACAUAGCACUAGCUAUAUUAAAGAUUAUUAAUGAUCCCAGAAGAAAUAGUCAAGAACAUUUUAAAAUUAAUAUAGCAGAAUUAAAUCAUGUUGUUGAAAUGCUUGUUGGAAUUUUAAACAAAUGUUUCGAUAUAAGGGAGAUUUAUACUAAAGGAUUUAUAAUUAAAAAUGCCAUACUGUAUUGUUACUAA